CCGCCUUUUCUUCUUCCUCAACCUCAACAACCACCACAACCACAAUCAUGGGUCGGGCGAAGAAAGAAGCCUCGCGCAAGGUGCGCGAGGGGAAGAGCAGUGACGGGAUGGCGAACGUCAAGGUCAAGGGAGAGAAUUUCUACAGGACAGGCAAGCAGGCCAAGACCCUUAAGAUGUUCAAGGACACCGGAUCUGGUCGUCACAAUGCUGCUGGAGAUCUUACACAAUCUGCACAAUUCCAGAGCAAGCAAGUCCCCGUCGCAAGAAUCGAACCCAACCGGAAAUGGUUUACCAAUUCUCGCGUUAUUGGUCAAGAUGCCCUGAACUCCUUCCGGGAAGCAAUGGCCGAGCGAGCUUCAGAUCCUUACUCCGUUCUCCUCAAAUCAAAUAAAUUGCCCAUGAGUUUAAUCAGAGAUGGUGAAGGCAAGAAUGGAUUGAAGCAGCAUCAAGCAAAGAUGACCGUUGAAGCUUCGCCCUUUGGAGAUGUCUUUGGUCCCCAUGCGCAAAGAAAGAGAGUCAAGAUCGGAGUCAGUUCUUUAGAGGACCUCGCCGAGCAAAGUGUCCAAAGCCAUGAUACCUACCUUGACCGUCUUGAGCAGGCCCAGCUGUUGAGUGGCAACUCGGCUGCAGAUACUGAGGCAAUUGGAGAGUCUGCGAUCCCAGAUCACGGUUAUAUCUCCAGUGCGAGGGAAGCUAUCUUCAACAAAGGUCAAAGCAAACGGAUUUGGAAUGAGCUGUACAAAGUCAUUGAUUCUUCAGACGUUGUCAUUCAUGUCCUGGAUGCCAGAGAUCCUCUCGGUACCCGAUGUCGAAGUGUUGAAAAGUACAUCAAAGACGAGGCACCACACAAGCACUUGAUAUUCGUACUGAACAAGUGCGAUUUGGUCCCAACCGGUGUAGCUGCCGCAUGGGUUAGACAUCUUUCCAAAGAUUACCCUACUCUCGCUUUCCACGCGUCCAUAACCAACUCUUUCGGAAAAGGCUCCCUGAUCCAACUUCUCCGCCAAUUCUCCUCCCUCCACUCCGACCGUAAACAAAUCUCCGUAGGCUUUAUUGGGUAUCCUAAUACCGGAAAGUCAUCCAUAAUCAACACACUCCGAAAAAAGAAAGUCUGCACAGUCGCACCAAUUCCAGGUGAGACCAAGGUUUGGCAGUACAUCACAUUGAUGAAAAGAAUCUAUCUCAUCGAUUGUCCCGGUGUCGUCCCACCGAGUAGCACAGACACUCCACAAGACAUCCUGUUACGUGGUGUAGUCAGAGUAGAGAAUGUCGAGAAUCCAGAGCAGUACAUCCCAGCUGUCCUGAGCAAGACAAAACCACAACAUAUUGAGCGAACAUACCAAUUAAAAGGAUACAAUGGUCACAUUGAAUUCCUAGAGUUACUGGCAAGGAAAGGCGGUCGACUGUUACAUGGCGGAGAGCCGGAUGUUGAUGGUGUUGCGAAGAUGGUCCUCAAUGACUUCCUGAGAGGGAAGAUCCCCUGGUUUACACCCCCGCCUCUACUGGAGGGAUCGGAGACGGAGAAGGGCGUUGAGGGUCGUGCUGGCAGGCUUGGAGAGAUGGGGAAAAAGCGGAAACGUGAUGAUGAAUCCGUUGCAGAUACCUCCGUCGCAGAUACUUCCAUGGCAGAUGUGGACUCCUCAGCACUGAACGCUGAAGAUGAUGACGAGGAGUUUGAGGGUUUCGACAGUGAUGAUGGCGGCAUUGACCUUGAUGUUAUAGGUGACGUUGAUCAGGCUUUUGGUCUAGACUCUGAAGAUGAGGAUAGCGAUGCUGGGCUUGACACAAACGACAAGGAUGACGAUGAGGAAGCAGACGCAGACGCAGAAGCCGCUGAAGAACAAUUACAGGGAGAGCUGCUAGAUGAUGCCGUUAUAUCAAGUAUAGGCGACAGGAGAACUACCAAGAAGAAACGGCAGAAGACGUAGAGAGGUGUAAAAAUAAAAAGAGAUACCCAUGAACCCACUGUCCAUGCGUUGUCCGUGAAAACAAGUUUCAAGUGGCCUGAUCAGAGAAGCAUAAUGUCUGAGCUCACCAUGCCGAAAUUUUAUUAGACUUGAAUAGGAUACUUUUGGAGCAACUUGGACAUGAGCGUAGUCUUGGAAGCUUCACAUUGUCCCCAAACGGAGUUGUUGAGAUCUGCGAGGCUAUUCAGACAGUCCUGAUCAAUGUCGGAGAGCCAGGCAAGACAGGCGAGCCAGAGCGGAGGGAGAUCAGAGAGGAAGGAGGCUCGAUCUUCUGCCAUAUGUAUCAUCUAUCCCGUAACUUGUAGCGGUGAGACAAAUCGGACAAACAAGAAUUCGCUUCAGCCCGAAGUGAGGGAAGAACGUAGUAGACUACUAAGAACCCCCACUUACAUGCCCUUGUCAUGUCUGUUAGGGCAUUAUGGGCAGUCUGCAAUCUUUAAAUCUCAAAGACAGAGCGACGAAUAGAGCUUAUCUGCCCUACGGGGUUUUUCAUGCAGACAACGUCUGUAAUUUGUCUGCAUUUUGUCUGUAUUCCUAGUAGUAGUAAAAUGUAGUAAAAUACAGACAAAAUUCAGAUAAUAUCUGCUACAAACGUAUCAAAAAAGUGCAGACAAUGUCUGUAAUAGACGCAUUAAAAAGCACAGGUAAUUUAGCGUGUAUCAAGGGUUACUCGGACUUUUCAUGUUUCAAUAUAAAGUUAAACACAGACCUUUUACUACCUACCUCCGGAACACUCGGG